AUGAGUCACUCGCUCAAUCCUUCUCUUCUCACUAAAACCCUCAAAGUCGAGGAAAUUACAGUUCUGCCACUGAUUCCCCCUUUUUAAGCUCUUCGGUUCUUCCAACCCUAGCUGCAUUGACAUCCAUGGCCAUUACACCGCUUCUUCUGUUGUAUUUCUCCGCUCUUAUGUGCGUUGAAUCGCAGUAUAUUGCUUACAAUACAUCGCAGCGGAUCGUUCCCGGGAAAAUCAACGUUCAUCUUGUCCCUCACACGCAUGAUGACGUGGGAUGGUUGAAAACCGUCGAUCAGUACUACGUCGGAUCGAACAAUUCGAUCCAGGUAGCCUGUGUACAAAAUGUGUUGGAUUCUAUUGUUUCGGCAUUGCUGGCAGAUAAGAAUCGGAAAUUCAUCUAUGUGGAAAUAGCAUUUUUCCAGCGGUGGUGGCGACAGCAGAGUGAUGCAGUUAAAAGUAUUGUCAAGGAUCUUGUGAGCUCAGGCCAGCUAGAGUUCAUAAAUGGUGGUAUGUGCAUGCACGAUGAGGCGACACCACAUUACAUUGACAUGAUUGAUCAGACAACUCUUGGCCACCGAUUUAUUAAGGAGGAGUUUGGUCAGACUCCGAGAGUUGGUUGGCAAAUUGAUCCCUUUGGGCAUUCUGCAAUACAAGCUUACUUGCUGGGGGCAGAGGUUGGAUUUGAUUCUCUCUUUUUUGGUCGGAUUGAUUACCAAGACAGAGCUAAGAGGAAGGACGAAAAGAGUCUUGAGGUUGUUUGGCGUGGUUCUAAGACCCUAGGAUCGUCUUCACAGAUUUUCACUGGUGCAUUCCCCGUGGAUUAUGAUCCACCUUCUGGUUUCCAUUUUGAAAUUAAUGAUGAUGACUCUAUUGUUCAGGACGACAUUCAUCUCUUUGAUUACAAUGUUCAAGAGCGAGUGGAUGACUUUGUAGCUGCAGCAAUAAACCAGGCUAAUGUGACUCGUACGAAUCAUAUCAUGUGGUGCAUGGGGACAGAUUUUAAGUAUCAAUAUGCUACCACAUGGUUCAGGCAGAUGGACAAGCUCAUUCAUUAUGUCAACAAGGAUGGGCGUGUCAAUGCCCUAUAUUCAACGCCAUCAAUUUACACCGAUGCAAAACAUGCGGCAAAUGAAUCCUGGCCACUGAAAACUGAUGAUUACUUUCCUUAUGCAGAUCAUGCAAAUGCAUAUUGGACUGGAUACUUCACCAGUAGACCAGCACUUAAAGGCUAUGUGAGAAGGAUGAGUGCUUACUAUUUGGCAGCAAGGCAGUUGGAGUUUCUCCUAGGGAGGAAAAGUUCAGGGCCCAAAACAGACACUUUGGCCGAUGCUUUGGCCAUUGCUCAACAUCAUGAUGCAGUUAGUGGAACAGAAAAGCAACAUGUGGCUAGUGAUUAUGCAAAACGCUUGUAUAUGGGCUAUGCAGAGGCCGCAGAGGUGGUUGAAUCUUCCCUUGCUUGCUUGACAGAGUCAAGUUCAAAUGCUGGAUGUGACCACCCAACAACUAAAUUUCAACAGUGUCCUUUUUUGAAUAUAAGUUACUGUCCUCCAUCAGAAGUUGAGUUGUCUGAAGGGAAAAGCCUGGUGGUUGUUGUCUACAAUUCUCUUGGGUGGAAGCGAGAGGAUAUAAUCCGAAUACCUGUUAUCAGUGAAACAGUUAUUGUUCGUGAUUCCGAAGGCAUGGAAAUCAAAUCACAGCUUAUACCUCUACUCAAUUCCUCAGUGAGCAUAAGAAACUACUAUGUUAGGGCAUACUUGGGCAUAUCUCCGAGUGAUACGCCUAAGUUUUGGCUUGUGUUUCCAGCAACUGUACCACCUCUUGGUUUCAACACUUACAUCAUCUCAAAUGCGAAACAGACAGGCCCUAGUGCAACCAUGUCAACAGUACACAUAUCACAACGAAGUGAAAAUGGUGUGAUAGAAGUUGGGCCAGGAAAUAUAAAGCUCACUUACGAUGUGGAUGAAGGCAAACUUACUCAGUAUUCUAAUAGCAGAAGCUCGGUGAAAGCAUUUUUAGAACAAUCAUACAGUUUUUAUUCUGGGUUUAACGGAAAAGUUUCUGAUACUCAGGCCUCUGGAGCAUAUAUCUUUCGUCCAAAUGGCAGUUUUCCCAUCAAUUCUGACGGAAAGGUAUCACUGACUGUCAUACAGGGACCACUGUUAGACGAAGUACAUCAAAAAAUCAAUUCAUGGAUAUAUCAGAUCAGUAGAGUUUACAAGGGAAAGGACCAUGCUGAAAUUGAGUUCACUGUGGGGCCCAUACCCGUCGAUGAUGGAUUUGGGAAAGAGAUCGUCACUCAAAUUUCAAGUAAAAUGUCGACCAAUAAAACAUUUUACACGGAUUCUAAUGGACGUGAUUUUAUUAGAAGGAUUCGGGAUUAUAGAAAAGAUUGGGAUCUCCAAGUCAACCAACCUGUUGCGGGAAAUUAUUACCCUAUUAAUCUUGGAAUUUACAUUGAAGACGAGAGCACGGAGCUCUCAAUAUUGGUUGACCGGUCUGUGGGGGGGUCAAGCAUAGUGGAUGGGCAAAUAGAAUUAAUGCUCCAUAGGAGGUUGCUUCAUGAUGAUUCAAAAGGUGUUGCAGAGGCGCUGAAUGAAACAGUUUGCGUCCUGGAUGAAUGCACGGGACUAACAGUUCAAGGAAAAUUUUAUCUUAGAAUCGAUCCCUUGGGGGAGGGUGCUAAGUGGCGUCGGACAGUGGGCCAGGAGAUAUAUUCUCCACUUCUUCUAGCAUUCACAGAACAGGAUGGGGAUAGCUGGACAAGUUCUCAUGUAUCAACUUUCACAGCACUGGAUCCCUCAUACAGCUUACCUGAUAAUGUUGCGAUGAUCACCCUCCAGGAGCUUGAAGACGGAAGUGUUCUUCUUCGAUUGGCCCAUCUAUAUGAGAUGGGAGAGGAUAAGGAUCUUUCAGUGAUGGCGAAAGUGGAGCUUAAAAAGAUAUUCCCAAACAAGAAGAUAACCAAACUGACAGAGACGGGACUAUCUGCUAAUCAAGAAAGGGUGGAAAUGGAAAAGAAGAGACUGAUUUGGAAAGUAGAUGGCCCGCCUGAGGAAGAACCCAAUGUGAGGGGGGCGCCUGUUGAUCCGUCUACACUGGUAGUGGAGCUGGGACCCAUGGAAAUCCGCACCUUUGUUAUCGUGUUCGAUUUUAUCAAGAUGGUCAAUUCUUGAAGGGUAAAAGUUCUAUCACAUCCAUAUAUGAAUCAAGAAGUGCAUUCACAGGCCAUCUUAUGUAUCUGGAGCAUUUUACGUAACUAUAUAUCUGUUUUGCCAUAUAUCACCCAUGUGUGAAUUUGUGGUCUUAGGUUUUGGCAGCUUCACCUUCUAAAAUGUCGCAGUCAUCCAUGGUAGUUUGUUUAUCCUUUAAACAUACAACUACUUUGAUGUGCA